GGGGGCAGCGCCGCCGCGCGGCUCCCAGGCGCCGCGCACUGGCUGCCGGGACGCGCCGCGCAGACAUGUGGCCGCGCCACCGCCGCUGAGGAGCCGGCGCCGCCCCUCCCCGCCCGCCCGGGGGCGCCUGCCCCGGCCCGGACACAGCGGAAGCGCCUGAGGCGGCGCAGGCAGCUGCGGCCUCCAUGUUGGCGGGGCCGGCGCGGCGCUGACUGGGCCGCUACGGCCGGAACCUGCGAUCCGCGGCGCCAGAUUGUAUUUCUCAAAUAGAGAUGAAGAACAAAAAGCAAUACGUUCCAGAUGUUGAGGGUCAAAAACAUGAAGACAUGGAAGGUGAAGAAAAAGAAGACAGCUGUUCCUGUUCUGCUGGUUUGUUAUAUGAUGAAGGUGACAGGUGCCCAAUCUGUCUAAAUUGUCUUCUAGAACAGGAAGUUGGUUUUCCAGAAAACUGCAGUCACAUCUUCUGCAUGACCUGUAUUCUCAAAUGGGCAGAGAUCAUGGCUUUGUGUCCUAUUGAUCGCAAACCUUUUCAAGCAGUAUGCAAGUUUGAGUCUUUAAAAGACUGUAUAAAGGUUCAGGUGAGGCAACUAAGGGAAAAAGAAGAGAAUGAGAACUGCUGCUGCAAUACGGGAAAAUGUUGCCAUAUCAAUAUAAAAGGCUUUAAGAGAAAAGAUGGACAGUUAGAAAAAGGGCCGUUAAUAGCAAAAUUGUGUAAAGACGUGGAAAAAAAACACAGUGAUAUUUCAACUGAUGACAGAAAAAAGACUGUAUCUGUGAAGAUGGACAAGCCCAGAAGACAGACCUGCUCAAGUGAGCAUUUCAGAAAUCAUUUCUACAGUAAAAUUCCGUCCAGUAUUCGCACUGGAGAAUCUUUUUCUGGUUAUAGAAGUGACUGUACAGAACUUACAGAAAUUAAUGCAAUGAUAAGGCAGAAGAGACAAGAAAUAGAAUUGUUAUGGUCUUCUGCGCGAGCUAGAGUUGAAAGCAUUCCCUUCAUGUCUUGUGAAGCUGAAGCUGAAAUAGAAACUUUUCUCCUUGCUUCAACAUCAAUUCCAGGAACCGUUUUCCCAACAAAUAGCCGACCUUUGGAAAACUUUGAAUCCUCAGGUAAAGGGUAUGCUGUAGCACAUACACAAGGAGGAGAAGAGAAAAAGCAAGCUUCUGGCACAUCUGGCACUAGAGGAACUAGGAAGAAGCCUACAAAUACUACUCCAAGAAGAAGAUCUGCAAGGAAUAGCAAGAAUGAGGCUAUGAGUCAAUCUCGAAGCUCACCAAGAUCAAGUAAUUCUAGAUGCAGUGCCCCUGAUGAUGAUGACUCGUCUCUGAAAGUUUCUCCUGCAGCACCAGAAGAAAAACCACUUCCAAAACGAAAAUCUAAAAGAGGAGUUAAACAGCAGGUACCUGUAGUUAAAAAAAAACUUAGAAGUUCUGUGCGCACAGAAAAAUCAUCUAGUGAUUCAGUGGAAGAUGAUGAAGCUGCCGAGUCUGAUACGCCUCCAGUGUUGGAUCAAGAUCACCAGUCAGAUAAUGAAAGCCUUCUGCACAAAAAUAAUGCAGAAACAGAGUCUGCUAAUGGCUUGGGAAGCUGUAGUGAAUAUGUAGAAAAUGAGGAAAUGGCAAAAGAUUAUGCUCAAGAACAGGAUAUUUUAGAAGAUGCAGACUUGGGUUCUUGUACCCAAGAACCUCCUGCUUUACAAGAAGAGAGUCAGAAAGUUGAAAUAAAAAGUGGCGAUGAAAACGUUGCAGAUUUUGAGAACGAGGAUGUUUGUGAGAAUACGUUUGAAAUGGUGAAUACAAUGAAUAGUCCCAGAAAUGAAUUAUUAGAACAUUCAGUAACACUUAAAAAAAUAGAUCAAACAUUUAGUCCCCAGGAUGAAUUAUUGGAAAAUACAGAAACUUUGACAGAAGCAUAUCAGCCACUAGAUAGUCCCAGAGAGAAACUGUUGGAGUACCCAGAAUCAGUGGAAAAUGAUGAUAAAUCAUUUGAUAGCCCAAGAAACAAACUGUCUGAGCCAACUGCCUCUGUAGACUUGGAUGGUUAUGUGGAUAAAGAAAAAAAAUCAAGUGGUAAAAGUGCAACGGUUCAGAACUCACCUGUUCAAGAUGCUUUAACAGAUGUCUUAAUAACUACUAUUCAAGAUGUUAACAAAUUGGACCAGUCCUUUAAAGAAGAGAGCAUGCCUGUAAAUGAAGAAGUCAGAAUUGCAGAAUCAUCCAAGAUAAUUACUGAACAAUCUAAUACACAUUUUAAUGAAGAUAACAAUGAAAUUAUACCAAUGGAAUGUGAUUCAUUUUGUAGUGAUCAGGCUGAAUCUCAUAUUGAACAGUCAUCGUCACUUGAUUGUGUAAAACCAGUGGAGACAAACUCCUUAUCUCAAGAGACUGAAAAUUGUACAUUACUUUCUGACAAAAAAGGUGAAAGUAGUUUACAUGAAACAGAGUGUCCAACAGAAUUUAAAAAAGAUAAAAAGACUCGAACCAGACGGUCUAGAUUUCACUCUCCAUCAACAACCUGGUCUCCUUCAAGGAAGGGGGGCAGGAAAUCUGAAUCGCCAUCACCCAAAAGGGAAACUGUCAAAGAAGGUGAGCGAUCUCGCUCACCCAAAAAGGAGACGGACAGGGAGGGCAGGCGGUCUCGGUCGCCCAAAAAGGAGACGGACAGGGAGGGCAGGCGGUCUCGGUCGCCCAAAGAGGAGACGGACAGGGAGGGCAGGCGGUCUCGGUCGCCCAAAGAGGAGACGGACAGGGAGGGCAGGCGGUCUCGGUCGCCCAAAGAGGAGACGGACAGGGUGGGCAGGCGGUCUCGGUCGCCCAAAGAGGAGAUGGACAGGGAGGGCAGGCGGUCUCGGUCACCCAAAGAGGAGACUGUCAGGGAGGGCAGGUGGUCUCCAUCCAAGAAGGAAGCUGACAGGGAGGGCAGGUGGUCUCGUUCACCCAAAAGGGAGACUGACAGGGCGGGCAGAAGAACACCUUCACGAUCUCCCAAAAGGGAGACUGUCAGGGAGAGCAGAAGAUCUCCUUCUCGAUCAAGAGUUAAAGAUUUCUCUCCAAGGCAGAAAUCUAGGUCUCAAAGCAAAGAUAGAGAUAACGACAGAGAUGGCCAAAGAAGAGAACGUGACAGAGACAGAAGAAGUAGGAGAUGGUCAAGAUCCCGAUCUCGAUCCAGGUCAAGAUCCCGAUCUCGAACAAGAAAUAUGGGUCCUUCUUAUGCUAGGAAUGAGAGAGGUGGUCACUCACCUCGGUGGAAGGAGAAAUGGAGCAAUGACAGCUGGAAAAGUCCAAGGGGAACUGAUAGGUACAAAAGAGGUGAACAAGAGAAACAGAAUGAAAAUAUGAAAAAAGAAAAGGACAGUAUAGACAAAGAUUCUGAUGACCAGUGUUUGUCUGAGAAGUAUGGUAAUGAUUAUCCAGAUUGGGUAAUAGAAAGAAUAAAUUCUGUUCCUGAAACUAGGAGCAGAGAGAGAGAGACUUUUAAAGAUCCACAGUGGGAAGACAACAGAUGUGAUAAUUCAGGAUAUUCUUGGAAUAAAAAUUUUGGUUCAGGUUGGAUUUCAAAUCGUGGCAGAGGUGGCCGAGGCAGAGGUGGCCGGGGCAGAGGUGGUUUCAUGUAUGGAGACCGAAACGAAAAUCAUUGGCAAAAUAGAAAACCCCUCUCAGGGAAUUCAAAUGGUUCUGGGAAUGAAACUGUCAGGUUCCCAGAACAUCAACCAUACAGGCGUAAAAAUGAACAGGAUUUUUCUUUUGAUACGCCUGCUGAUAGAUCUGGGUGGACAUCUGCAUCUAGCUGGGCUGUAAGGAAGACUUUACCUGCAGAUGUGCAGAACUAUUAUUCAAGAAGAGGACGAAAUUCUUCCAGUCCACAGUCUGGAUGGAUGAGGCAGGAAGAAGAGACUUCUGAGCAAGAUCCAAACCUCAAAGACCAAACAAACCAACAAGGGGAAGGUUCUCAGCUACCAAUAAAUAUGAUGCAGCAACAAAUGAAUGUAAUGCCACAAGUGAAUGCACAACACCAGCCUAUGAAUAUCUUCCCAUAUCCAGUCAGUGUUCCUCCACCUAUGAUGAAUAUCCAACACAAUCCAUUUAAUAUUCGUCCUCCAAUACCAUUGCAUCUCCAUGCAGGAGUGCCUCUCAUACAGGUAGCUCCUCCGACCAGUGUAACUCAGGGAUUACCACCACCUCCACCUCCUCCUCCACCAUCCCAGCAAGUCAACUAUAUUACUUCGCAGCAAGAUGGAAAACAAUUGCAGGGUAUGCCUAAUGCACUUCAUGUCAGUAAUAACAUGACUGUACCAGUGUUGCCUGCUCCAACAGCAGCCCUGGGAAAUGUGGAGACAGUUCAGGGACCAACUUCUGGUAAUGCAACUUCAUCAAGUCACAUAAAAAAUUCUAAUGCUGCUGUAAAAGUGGGAGAAAGCAAAGGAAGCAUAACCGUGGAAGCCAGCGCAGACAGCUCGAAGAAAGACCAGAAAUUGUUAAUUCAGGAAAAAGCAGCGCAAGAGGUCAAACUGGCAAUUAAACCUUUCUACCAGAAUAAAGAUAUUAGCAAGGAGGAAUAUAAAGAGAUUGUGCGGAAGGCGGUAGAUAAAGUUUGUCACAGCAAGAGUGGAGAAGUCAACUCAACAAAAGUAGCAAAUCUGGUGAAAGCGUACGUAGACAAAUACAAACAUUCACGGAAGAAAAAUCCAGAGGAAGCAUUCUCUGCGGAAAGAAAAUAAGAGGAAAACGAAAAACAUGCUCUAGCUGCAAAGUGCAAUUUCAACAAGAACCAUUAACUGAAAAUUGUUCAUGACUAUGAUUAGAAUCUGGUUUUGAUAAAAUUAUUUUUCAAUGUAGUAUAUAAUGUUUUGUUCUAAAUAAAUAUAGAUUUAAGCUGCAACUUCUUUAUCCCUUUUCAAAAUAGAUGCCUAAAAGAAAGUAAAAGGUAUAAAGGAGAAUGCAUUUUUAUUAGGAAUGUAUGAUUGUGUGGAUACUAGAUGUACAGCAAUUUCACUUGAAUAAUGGAGUGCAUAAAAUUAGAAAUCUUGUCUAAGUACAUUGGUUUUUGGAACAGGUAUGUACAGUACAUGUAAUCAGUCAGAUUAAAGAUAUUAAAGUAAGAUUUUUCUUUGAUUUCUCCCUAAUUAUAGUAAAGAUAAAAUAAUGUAUUGCCUUGACAAAUAUUUCUAGUGUUAACUGGAGAGACUGAAUGCAGGGGUCACAAUGUGUAUAUAAAAAGCACAUGGCUGUGUCUGAACAGAAGAACUGUUUAGAUGAAAAGAGAACAAAUUCACCAUCCGUCAGUAAGAUUUGGUGCCCAGAACCAUGGGCGCUGUUGUUAACACCAAAUAAAGAUUAUGCUGCUUGGUUUUGUUUUGUGACUUUUUUCAAUUUUUGUUUUGAGAUAGUGGGCUGAAUUCAAGUAACUUGUGGAAAAGAACUCAAGGCCUCUAGUCACAAAAGGUAUGGUUCAGGCAACCACUGUGCAUAGCUCUGGUAAAUGACCUAAGAAAUUAUUAUGCUUUAGGGCUAGAUAUUCAGGAAAAAUAAGUACUGCAGUUCUGUUUUUAUUUUUCUAUAAUUCUUCAAAUAUAGUAAAAGGGGGAAAUCUUUACUAGGGUCUCUGUUGACCAGAGGUUGCCAGUUGUGCCAAUUUUAGCUGUGUAAGAUAUUUUAUUAAUGUGAACAAUAGUUUGCUAGGGACUACAGCAUAGGCCACCAAGCUCAUGUCACUAAAGUUGCACAAAGAUAAUCCUGGGUAAUUAGUCACUUAGUGCUUAGUUAAAAGCUUAGUCGUAGCUUUCAAACUUCCCAAAAGCACUUUCCAGUAAAGAGUUGGGUCCAGACUGUUCAGUCAUUCUAAAGGCUGGUAUUGGAACAAUUAACUGCUCUGAAAGAAUUGAUUCAAACCUGUUUAUGGAGUUGGUUGGCUUGUUAGGACAGUGUGGUUUCUAGUUCUCAUGGAAAAAGUUUCUUGGAGGUCUUUUAACUUGUAUCAGGAGUGUCAGUGGGCAGUUUGUUUCCUUCUGUUUUGGAAGAACAGCACUACUAAAAGUGGCAUGCAUCCCACAGUGCUUGAAUACUGUGAAAGCACUAUGCAAGAGCCCGAGACCCUGUGAUGCUCCAGCCAGAAGACUCCUGGCAAAAAAGUGGACAUGUGCUAUGUGGACUCUGUCUCUAAUGGCUUUGAGAGAAGUCCUACAGUCUGAGCUGUAUGGACGUUGGCUUCCCAAAGUUACAAGCAUCUUGAAGUUCCUUACCUUGUCCUUUCCAGUCAUUUUCACAGGACCCUGAGGCAGAGGAUAUAAAGGGAUAUAUAACUAUAAGAUGCUGUCGCAACAGUUGAUCACUUGCUUUUAAUUGCAACUUUCUGCAGAUGUAAUGAAGCAUUUUGACUGGCUAUAUUUAUUUUUGUGCCUAAAUCAAAAUGUGUAAAUUAGAGACCGAUACAAGUUUUUCUACAGUCAAGCCAUGUUUUAGAUUUUUCAAACUGAUCCAGGUUUAUUCUGCUAGUGAUUUGUAUGGGCUCUUGAACUAUUUUAAGCUACAACUGGUUAGCACUUUUUGAAAUAUUUUGUAGCAAAUUGCUAUACCUAUCCUGGUUAAUCACGCCAUGCGUACCUAUUUUUAUUGCAUUUUCCUGCUCUGACAAAUUUUUGGAAGUUGAUGACUUUUUUAUAUCUUUUUAUUCUAUACAGUUGAACCUUGCUACAGUGCUCUUUAAGGAGCCAUAUGAAUGUCCUUUUAAGAAAAGUGGAGAGAGGGCAAAAGAGAAUGUUGUGGUAAUGCUUGUUUCAACAUACGAGAUGGGGAGGAUUUGUUCUUUUUUUUGUUUCCACAGGUCCUGUCUGGAAGACAAGAUGCCACUUGCUAUCACAUUGUAAUUGAGGCAGUGAUUAUUAGUGAUGCUCCACUGUAUUUCAAAUUCUGAUGAAGAAUAUCUGAUAAGUGAGAAUGUGAUCAGUAAACUUUUUAUUUUUUACACUGAAAUACUUAAGAAUUUAUCAGAAAAUAUGCAGCUGAUUAAAAAUUGUGUUAACUUUAAAAUGUAUUGCCUUAAUACAUAGAUUAUCCUUCUCUAUUUUUCCAGAAAAUCAACAAGGUCUACCUUAAUAUGAGUGCAUGAGAGAGCAUGUACUUUAACUUUGUGGACUUUUUUUGUUAAGAUUAGUAUUAAAGCUGUAUUUCUAUUUAUUGAAACUGCUUGCAUUUAAUCCCUGGGUACUGGGAUUUCCCAACAUGCACUAAAGUAAGUACAAAGUGGUGGGAAAUUCUGGAUCCAGCUGAUACCUCAAGGACAAAUUAAUUUGAUCUAAAUUGCCUUGAGAAGAAUUAUGACUGUCUAGAUUUUGCAGACUGUAUGCAAAGCAGAAGGGGUUUUCCUACAUCCUUGCAGCGCUACACUGUGCAUGCUGCUUGAAUAUCUCAUUCUAAAUAUGUAUCUUCAGGAACACAGUGGCUGCCCCAGGUCUAUGCUGUGAUAUUUGUAGCAUAAGGCUGGAGUGCUGUCUGCUGAACUAAUAUUCUCAAACUAGUUUUAUGUAGUGCUUAACAUUUUCUAAUAAAUUCUUUUGACUAAG